AUGAACGAGGUAAAAGAGUGUCUGAGAAAUAUAGAACAGACUUACAAGGUCUUCCAGCAACAGCAGUUCACAUUUAUUGCAGCACUGGACCACACCAGAGAGGAAGCCCAUGACAAGAUCAGGCCUGUAGCAAGUAUUGGACAGGUGCAGGCAUACAUGGAUCAUCACUGUAACAACACUACCGACAGACGCAUCCUCCUCAUGUUCUUGAACAUCUGUAGUGAUCUGAACAAACUCUGCCAAAAGCUGGAAGCCCUGCAUCCUGGUACCAGUGUAACGAACAAUAUUUUGGAGAAAUGCAAGCUGCUCGUUAGCCCCAGCAACGACCUGAGCACCAUCCGAGCCAAGUACCCUCAUGAUGUGGUGAAUCACCUGAGCUGCGAUGAAGCAAAGAACCACUAUGGAGGUGUGGUGAGCCUCAUACCCAUAGUCCUGGACUGCAUGAAAUCAUGGGUGGCCCACAGUGAGAAGUUACCUCGGAACUUCUUGCAAAAUGUGAGUGAUGGAAGUGCUGACUCUCAGAAGAGAACACAGCAGGAUGUGUCAGCAAAGGCAUCUGCUCCCCUAGGCCCACGUCCCGCUAUCCUCACUACUGCUACUCAGACCUUGGUUAGUUACAAGGACUAUUCACGAGAGCAGAACAGUAAGCAUGGUAAAAAAAAGCACCUGAAUGGCACAGGGAGUACCACUUGGAAAUAUCUCAAUGGACCCUGGAAACCACCUGGGAAACACUCCUUUUAAAAGGAACAAAGCUCAUACAUCUUUUGCAUAGAGGUGGCUGGUUAUUAAAUAUGGUAUCCAGUAUUCACUUCAGUUGUUUCCUCCCGCCUUGACCCAAGUUCUGAAUAUAGGUAGUCCUGUAAGUCUCCAAAAGCAGAUAAACCUAGAUCUUAUCAGACACCUUUCUACUGAGAUCCAGAGAAAGAGUGGGAACAGGGGUAGUAUAUGUCACAUGUAUUCCUCCUUGACAGGUCUAAUGGUGAGGGUAGUGGAUGGAGUUAGGACUAAUCAGAUUCUGGUCUCUCACCAAUGCUGUGUCUUGGGCAAGUCACCUGAAGUCCAAUUGUAUGACUUCCUAUCUGAUUUUUUCAGGUUACAGGUUGCUCAAACUUACUGUUGUAAAUAGCCUGCUAUCUGAAAUCUAAGCUGGGUGCAUUGGAUCCCACACCAAUACUAGUAACAAAGACUAAGCCAAAAUCUGUCUUCAUUUAUAGCUGUUCAACCCCUUCACUUUCCAUGGGGUUGCACAGGUGUAAGUGAGGACAGAAUCUGGUCCUGUAGUUUAAUUGACAGUGUGUGAACCACAACAGAAUCCAGCUCACUCUCCCAGAGCUGUUUUGGCUAUGCAGGGCUAACAAGAGGAAAAAGUUAUUUAUCACUAGUAUUAGUGUGCAAGACUCCAAUCCAGGGAGCAGAUCUACUGAGGAAGAGGUGACCAUUUUCAGACACAGCCUCUUUUCAGAGUAGAAUUGCACUUUAAGGUCUCUGUGCCUCUGCUUUCCCUUGGGUACAUCUUACCUACCUCACAGAGGUGUUUGAUGCUUAGGGCAUUAACAGCUGUAAGGCAUUUGAGAUCAGCUGAUGGAGUGUGCAUAGAAAAGUGCAAAGUAUUUUUAAAUCCUUGCCUUCCUACAGAGUCUCUGAAGCCAGCUAGCUAUCUACCUUUCCAGGACUAGGUUAUGAAAGCCAGUCCAUCUGUAGGCUCUCUUCCCACAGUUAUCACUUAGAACUGAUCUGUAUCAUUUGCUUUAUGGAAGCAUUAACUAAGCUCUUAACAAGAUCUUGAUAGUCUGAUGUAUUUUCCUGUAUCUGAUUGCUCUUUUCCCCUCCUACAGGCAAGUUAGCUCCUGUUCUUUUGCCUCCUGCCUGAAGACACUCCUGAAUAAAAGUUUCCCGUGCAUGCAUGGCUGUGUUUGCUAAAAUUAUGGGGGUGCUAUUACCUUAAGAUGACCAGAUUUUUGAAACAAGUAUCAACUGAGAUGGGAGGGUUGAGCAAACAAGGAAAUGCAGGAGGGAAUGGCAGUUCGGAAGUAUUUACAGGUGAACUUUCACCUCCCCCUCUAUGUAUUUGUUCUCAUUCUCUUCCCCCACCACUCACACACUUCUUCAUAAGAUGUACAGGAAUCAUUGCACUAACCCUCAGCGCUGGGAUAGACAUGAUUUCUUCAGCAAACGUCAAUUAUUUUUAAGUGAUCCUAUUCAACUGAAACUACUGGGGAAUUCGAACAGAUUGAAGAUUGUUGGGCUAUUUAACAGACAUAGUUGCUAGAAAAGAUUUUAACUAGCAAAAAAGCCACCCUUCCUGUAGAAGGCUUUAUUUAAUAGCUGUAUCAUGGAGGUGGCUUUAGAGAGAAAAAUUAAAGUCACUAAUAGCAUCUAAAUACUUCAAGUCAAGUUUCAGGCCUGAUUGUGCUAGGCACUGUACAGACAAGUAACAGAUAAAAUGCUCUCUGGAGCAGGAACUGUUAAGCAGGAAAUGUGGGCUAUUGGUUAGACCAUGGGCCUGAAGGUUACCACUUCCAGGUCCUAUUCCCAGCUCUGCUAUUGCCUCAUUGAAUGACUUUAGGUAAAAGUCAUCUAACCUCUAUGGCUUCAUUUCCCAAUCUGAAAUUCAGGAGAGCAGAGGGGCUGGGAAGCUAAUUGUUUGUAACAGCACCUUUUAAAAUCCUUAGAUGAAAGGGGCUAUAACAAGAGUAAUUUUUACUCACUAACGAUCAGUUUCUUGAAGCCCCUUGCUAUGUCAGCCUAAAGAGUGGGUGUAAAUACUACCAGCAGCAAAGGAAAAGGUAUCACUCCGCCUCUGGAGAAGGCUGGCUGAGCAUGCUCAAUUUGAGACUUGCAGAGCACUGAAAGUACAUCUGCAACCAAUAUCCAGAGUGUCUCCAGAGCCACAUACACAACAAACACUGGGGGAUGUUGGAGUUGGCAUUUUAAGGGAGUUUGCAAAACUAGGGACCCCAUCUUUCUGUCAUUUAAGUCAAAGGGAACACUGACACUGAUUUCAGUGAGAGAAGAAUCAGGACCUGUGUUAGCAAGUUAGAAACAAUCCUUCUUCAGUAUCAGUGUGUCAGCCAGUCUGAACUUCCACAGCUGCACCUAACUCCAGAUUAGACACAGGACACAAGACUUCCUUGAAUAAAUUCCUGCUUCAAGUCCAAUAGCUGUGGUUGAACUAGAGCAUAUCUUCUAAAAAAAAAAAUCAUUCAAUCUUGAUUUUAACUGUUCCAGUGAUGGAGAAUCCACCACAACCCUUGUUAAGUUGUUCCAAUGGUUAAUUACUCUCACCGUAACAGGGUUCCAUUAUUUUGCCUGUGCUUAUGCUACACAGCAGAAUUGCUGGGGGUGGGGAGAGAGGGGGGAAAUCUAACAAGGGUAUUUCCCAUUCAUUAAAACUACCAACUCUUUUUACUGCAGUACAAGUUGAUCAGAAAUCACCAUCUAAAUUUAGUUUUAAAAGGGCCACAAGUGUGACUAAAAUGGCAAUUAAAAAAUGCAAUUGUUAAAACAGAUAUUCAGUUAUAUUCUCUUUAAAUACCUGUAUUUUAAAUGUCAAAGGCAAGCAGUUAGUUAUCACUUAUCUGUUCUUGCUACAUAAAAUGAGUGCAGUUUAGGAUUUCUGAGAAUAGUCGUUAUGUGACCAUACGUUCUGACCUAUAUUUAAAUUAAAAAAAUAGUAUGAAAAUAGGGAAUUUGCACUUACUGUAAAUGUCUGCCAGCCUAAUCAAAAGUUAUGAUAUAUGGAAGAUAAAUGUCCUAGCGUUUGUUUGUGCAUUUGCAUAUGUUGAUCAGCACAUUGUUCCAGCAGCUGCAUAAGUCUGAUAAAAGAAUCUCUGCUAUGCUAGGGGAGCUCAGUGACUCUAGAAGAGGGAAAGCACAAAGAAUCUCCCCAAAACAAAACAAAAAUUGCAGGGUGGGCAGACAGGCAUGUUUCAUCUACCAAGCAUUUUACAAACAUUAAGUCAUUCACAACUUUGUGAGAUCGGCAAAUUACAGAUGGCAAAACUGAGGCACAGUGAGAGGUCAAGUGACUUGCCAAAGGCCAAAGUCCAAGUGUUGGGGAUUCCUGAUUUCUAAUCCCAGCUCUGACUCCUCGUCCUGGGCACAGACCAGGUCUUAUUGCACUAGUAUAAAAUCUGAAAAUCCAGUUUUAACAUCAUUCUUUAUAUUGUGUAAGCUGCAAUAUUUGGCUUCUGAUCAGCUCAAACAACUGUAUUAAUUUUGAGGUUAACAUAGUACCAGUUCACUUUCAGUUUUGUGUAUUAAAUAUCAGAACCCUGCCACCCAACAAGUUAAGAGCUGUUGCUCAUGUCUUACCCAAGAGUUCCUAAACUUAGCAAAUUAGUGAAUAAUUCCAAAACUAACCGCCCCAGUCCUCUCACCCAAUCCUGUUCACUAAAAUUCUUCAAGGACUCUUGAAUGGAAAAAUUGGAAGUUUCUAGGGAAACUAUAGUUUUGCAAUAACAUAACAAUGGUCUUUUGGAAGAUUUUUUCAAAGAUAAGUUGCAAAAACAGUUUGUCCAAAUUACUUUAACUUCUAUACAAGUUUUCCUCUACACAAUGGAUGACCACUACUUCAGACAGAGUGAAGUUUGAGAGAAAUUUAGAAGGUUCGUAGGGUAGGAAGAGAAAAGAAUCAGUUUUGCAGCAGCAACCUAGUGGCAAUGUUGGAAAGAGUACCAUCUUGCCAUAAAUCCAGUUGACACCGAGUAGAAAUUGCGGUAGUUGGAAUGUAAUUAUCCAAACAUCGCACUGUAAUAAAACUUUGCUUUAACUUUGUCUUCCAAGUUCAUACCCACAAACACAAGAAGCCUGUCAGGCAGCCAAACUAACUUACUUUGUGUUCCUCAAGUUCCUGAAGAUCUCCUUGAUCACCCGCUUUUCCUUCUGAAGACAAACACAGAUACAAGCAGAGUACACAGGAUCCCAAUAAAAUCCAGCUGUCUGUAUGCUACAUACUACUUCUGUAGUUCUGAUCCAAUUUAGACAGGGGAUGGCAUCAAUCAAGAACCUAUAUCAAAUCCAAAAUACCCCUUAGGUUAAACUUUUAAAAACCAAAUCUUUAAGACUGGAGACACCAUAACCAACAGGAUGCUGCUUACAAGCCAUCCAGAAGAGAGCUGGGAUCAAGUCAGCAAUUAGGAAGUCAGGGAUUCAGCUAGACCUGAAAAGUCUUGCAUGGAAUCACAACAGGGAGUUUUGAGCUCCGCAGCUCAAAAGAUUAGUUCUGAUUGAGGUGGCAGAGUGAUGGAGGCCUCUAGUGGUCAGGUUUGGGAAGCAGCACUAAAGAACACAACAAGAAGGUCAAAAGAAGAGUCUGGUAUGUGGCAGCACAACUGUGAGCUGGGAGGAAAGCCAGGCUA